UGCCACUCGGUUUUCUGUCCGAUGUUUUCCGGCGGAAGCCGCCCGCUUCUUCCGGCUCUCCAGUGUCAAGCGCAAUCAUGGCUGCCGAGGGAGACGUCGAUUUGGACUUGGAAGCUGAGGAAAACUGCACCGGUAAACCGGCAGAAAAACCACGGAAACAUGACAGUGGGGCUGCGGAUCUGGAGAGAGUCACGGAUUAUGCGGAGGAAAAAGAAAUCUCCAGUUCAGACUUAGAAACGGCUAUGUCAGUGAUUGGAGACAGGAGGUCUCGAGAACAGAAAGCCAAACAAGAAAGAGAAAAAGAAUUGGCCAAAGUUACUAUCAAGAAAGAGGAUGUAGAACUAAUUAUGUCCGAGAUGGAGAUUUCAAGGAUGGUGGCAGAGCGGAGUUUGAGGGAACACAUGGGGAAUGUGGUGGAGGCUCUCGUGGCUCUUACCAACUGAACAUCCAAUCUUUUACAAAUGGACUAUUUAAUUUUUUGAGACUCAACCAACUUAAGUCAUACUGCUAUUGUGCAUUUAUAUUCUCCCAUACCAUUUUUUUAAAUAAAAGAUGUCAGUUCCUGAA